GCAUGUGCAUGCGCUGCCCUAUCAAAUGAAAACAAGAGCUACUGACUUUCUCAUUUUCUUGUUGGACUCACUUGCAGCCUUACCUGUAUCUCAGCCCGCUGCUGAUCGCGAGAGUCCCAGUGGCUUUUGAAAAGACCGAAAACAGCAACCGCGGAUAUAUGAGCAAUUAUUAGUAACAGACCCGGUCCCACUCCUUGCAUCAUGAGUUUUUCCAUGCGAGAGGAGCUCAGUUGUCCGAUCUGCCUUCAGCUCUACUUGGACCCCGUGGUUCUCCCCUGCGGCCACAACUACUGCCAGGUUUGCAUCAUGCAGACCAUCGACAACGCCGAUAAGACCCUGCAAUGUCCGGAAUGUCGCCUGGAGUUUCAGGGUGUUCAAUCCCUGCAGAAGAACUUCAAACUAAGUAGCAUCAUCAAUGGCUACAUAGCAUCCACAUCAACGUUGGACACUAAAGUGGAGAACCAGCCGAAGGCGGACGAGCUCUACGAGUAUCCUGUGGUCGCGGAGUCACAGACGGGGAAGGAGUGUGACAUCCACCAUUGUCCCCUGGUGUACUUUUGCUCCACCGAUAUGGCCUUGCUGUGUUCCAAGUGUUUCGUGGAGGGCCUACACCAUAACCAUGACCUUCUCACCUUCAGCGUUGCAGAGGGGGAGAUGAGACAUGCCCUCGAGGUCCGCAGCAAGGUGGUUUCCAACAGGCUAAAGAUGACUGACUUCCUGGUCGAGAAAGUGAAGGAGCAGCAGGGUCUUUCGGAAGCUGUUGGAGACAAAUUGGUGAAAAAGGCUGUCACAACGGUGGAAGUCAUGGCAAGGCUGGUAGAAGGGUACCGUGAGAGAUUGCAGCAGCUGCUGGACGAGGAGCAAAGCCAGCGUCGAAACAGCUGGCAUGCAGGCGUGGGCGCGCUGGAGGAGCAACAGAAACUGCUCAUGGAUGCCCAGCAAAGUGCAACUGAAGCCCUCAACAUGACUGACUCAUGCAGCUUCAUAAACCGGUUUGUACUGAUCGAAGAGAAGGUAAGGAAGGCUGCCACGGUCUCAAUUUCCUGCAACAUCCCGACGAAGGCUCCACUCAACACCAAGCAAAUGCAGGAAGGCCUCAGGAGCGAGGCCUUCCGAGCCGAAAUCAGCCGUCUUGCCGAGUUCCUUUGCAUCCUCUUCAAUCCUCUCGAGCUCACCUUCAACUCGUGCACGGCCCACCCCAACUUGCAACUGAGCAACGAUCUGCGCACGGCCAAGUACAGCGACACCAGGCAGCCGCACGUCGAGCACAAGGAGCGCUUUACCAGUGCCCCGCAGGUCAUGUGCAACCAGGGCUUUUCCAGUGGCGAGCAUGUUUGGGUGGUGGAGGUGGGCCCCGAGAGCAUGUGGUCACUGGGGGUGUGUUACAAGACCAUCCCGCGGCGCGGCGACCACAGCCGACUGGGUCACAACUCGGUGUCCUGGCGGCUCCAGUGGAAAAACGGCAAACUGACAGUGUGCAAGUCUUCGUCAAACGUAGUCUUGCGCGAAAUGAAGCAGCAGCCCUUGAAGAUUGAGGUGGCGCUGGACUAUGAGGGAGGCACAUUGAUGUUCCAUAACAUUAAAGGCCAAAGGGAGCAUCUCUACACUUUCAAGGUUGCUUUUAAAGAUACAGUUUACCCAGCGUUCAGUAUCCAGUCCAACACGCCAGGCUCUUGGAUCACACUCCAGUGUGGCUUGUGAGCACAUCUGCUUGUGUUUCAUAAGCCUCUGAACAGAAUGAAUCUGAGUGUCAAUUUAUUAAAAUAGUGCCAAAAUCAGGGAUGGAAAACUUAUAUGUAGAAGAGGGACACAAUUUUUCACCAGGGCUACUGGGGGUUGGGGGCACAUAAAACCACAAAUUUAUGACAAAAAUUCUAAUUUAAAUAUGGGCAAAAUAUGUGCUUCGCCCACCACCAUUUCCACCCGUUUUCCGUGGAAAAAGUAUAUUGAAUGUUUGUCAGCAUUAUUGAAAUGCUUUGGGUUUGUUAAUCCCCUCCCCCCUCCCCUCCUUCCCCAAUUUUUUUUUUUUUUUGGAGGGGGGGUGGUUAAUCAAGGGGCCACCAAUUACUCAUACCUGGCAUAGCUAAACAAUCUUUGUUUGCAAUUUAUAUUCACUAGUUUGAUUCAAUAUUCAUAUUGCAAAAAUAUUCAUACUGUAAAUACCGUAGUGUGUCACUGAUGGUGUAGUGGUACACUCGCCUGACUUGAAUGUAGGUGUGAAUGGUUGUUUUUUUAUCUAUACGUAUGUGCCUGACUAGCAUCCAGUUCAGGAUGUAGUCCACCUUUUGCCCGAAAUCAGCUGGGACAGGCUCCAGCACUCUCUCGCAAACCUUUCCAGGAUAAGCGUGUAGAAAAUGGAUGGAUGGAUGGAUGAAUACUGUAGUGCAGCUACUGUUAUGUGUCACAACAGUAAAGAAAAUACAAGAUUGAUGAAUUUACCAAAGUAACAUAAGAGCAUCACUAUAAUUGAGCAGUCUGAUCCAAUAGUAGUUUGUUUACCAAGACAUUAUUCGGUAUCGUGAGUAACUGUAUUGAUUAAUGUCAUUGACUGUCACUGUAUUUUUUUUUCUUUUUCAUACAUGUGUAUUGUUGAUUGCUCUCUUAUAGGAAAUCAGUAAUAUGUUUAUUUUCUUUUACAUUUAAGUGUGAACGUGAUUUGUCAUUUUUAUAUACAAAUAAAUGGUAAUGAUAUUUAUGUCUUCGGUGUUAUCACUAAUUACAAUAGAAUACUGUAUACAUGUAUUUUACUAAAAAAACACGUUACACGCAGUUUUUAAUGGAAUUAAAUGAGUCUUGAAAGUUUGCUUUGGAAUUUUCACUGUUGUACGACUCUAAUAAGAGGAUCUUGAGUUUUAAAAGCUCAGGCUGCCAUGUAAGUGUAAACGACUAUAUGUGUAUGUAUGUUUUUUUAACGAUAUAAAACAUUAUACAGAUUCAUAUUUCGAUAAACUAUUACACGCACUAACUGUUUAAAAUGUAAAAUCUCAACCCCUCAUUUAUUGUCUUGUACGGUCUAUGAACUUGCAAAGGGGGAUGACACGAG